GCUUGCGUGGUGCAUUGUGGGUAGCGACGCGACCGAGUUGAGAUUUUCUCAACUUUAUGCAAAUGAGGAGCGAUUUUCGCUAGCGAUGGCCAAUCGGAGUGUUUUCUUGUUUCUCGUAACGUAGCAACCAUGGUGAACAUUUCUAGCUUUCUAGGUUUCAAGAUGGAGGAGAAACUGAUUGUUUGUGUGGCUGGAUACCCAGUACUGUAUGACACGUCUCUGUAUUCGUACAGAGAUGUUAAUAUAAAAAAUGAUGCAUGGCGCAAGGUUGCCGAAAUUGUCGGUGCUCCUGCUGAGGAUUGCAAAAAAAAAAGGAAAAAUUUAAGGGACAGCUACAAGAGGGAAAAGAACAAGGAGAAAGAGUUGAGCAGGAGUGGAGCAGGCCUGACAAAUCAUAAACCUUGGAAGUAUGCUGCUGUGAUGGGGUUCCUGGCUCCAUUUAUGGAGUACAGGGACUCCAGCAGCAACUUCCAGAGGCCUGCCACCACAUCCUCAGUCAGCCAGGUCAGUGACGAUGAAAUAGAGCAGACAGCCACACAGCCAGACAGCGAGCCAGGCCAGUCAGGAACCCCUGCCAGUGAGGCCAGAGCUUCCCCUGCUAGUCAGGCAGCAGCAACAACUAGCCAGCCCCCAGCAUCCUCUGGCCGAAAGAGGGUGCGCAAAGAGAGGCUGUCGGCAUUUGAGGAGAGGAUGCUUGGUGCUUUGGAGAUGGCACAGACACCUGCUCCUCUUCCACCACCUCAAGCAGAGGACGAGGAUGAGCUUUUUUUUCAAAGCCUUCUCCCUGCCCUGAAAAGACUGCCACCAGCUAAGCAGUCAGAAUACAAAUUUAAUAUUCACUGCAUGUUUUUUGAGGCAGAGAUGCAGGCACACAGUGAUGUGUAA